AUGUCGUCUGCACCGCUCAGUCAUGCUGCCCGCCGGCGCAUCCUGGCCGACCUCAAAACGAUUCAAGAGGAGCCCAUUCCUUUGGCUGCUGCAGCGCCGUGUUCAGAAGCUGACCUCAGCCUCUGGGACGGUGUGAUCGGUGCACAAAUGGAGGUAACACACUUGGGCUGCGUCACCGUGCCCCUUCACUUCCUCAUCGACUUUCCAUGUGACUACCCUCUCAGUGCUCCGAGCAUUGGCUUCUCCUUCAACUUUGAGUACCGUGGGGGUGCCUCGUACGUCCAGCAGGAUGGACGUCUAAAGGGAAAGCUCGUGAUUUGCUUAGACGUGCUUGGAAACUUCGGCCAUGUGCAUACGGAGUGGAAGAGCACAGUGGGCAGUGGCUGGAGCCCUGCUUAUACCGUCACAACGCUCUUGAUUCAACUUCAGUCCGUGCUAUGCGACCUUGGCACGGAGAUGACCCAGCAAGAGCGCGACAAGACCUACCAGUCGGCGGUCCGCUUCUGUGAGAAGAAUCCUCAAGCUGUCCUACCCAUCCUGGACGAGGAUGAGGUCCACGAGCUGCAUCACAAACGACAGGUGGAGCAACAACUGCGGCGAAUUUGCCGUGGCGAUGGAGCUCUUGCCGAGCGUGUCAGCAGUUUCGCUCGCAGGAUUGGGCUGGCUGAGAAGGACGAUCAGAUGGACAGCUUCCUAGAAUUGCUGUCUGAUGUUGCUUCCACCGCGUCUGCCUCUUGCCCUGCCAGUGAGACGGAGUCAGCGGUGAAAGUCGACAAGAACAUCUGCUGCUGGAGCACUGGCAAGCUGUACACUGAGGCACUGCUCGGUGUGGGUGUGAGCCGUGAGCGCAAGAACCUGGGGACGGCCGGUGAGCUGCUGUCGAAGGAGGCCUUUGUCGGAGGGCUGCGACAGAACACCAACAAGUCCGCCUUCGAGUUCUUCCUGCCUGUUUGGAUCAACAAGGCGCAUGCUGCCGGGCGCGCUGAAUGGUGCACGGAGCUUAGGAAUCAGGUUGUGUACAUCGGCAAGAGAGUGUAUGAGGCUGUCAAUGAGGAUGAUGCUGCCAUGGAGGUGUUCCCUCGUCUCAUCAACCAAAUGAUCGUGGAGGUGAUGAGACCUGAUGCGCAAAAGAGCGCUGCAAUUGCAACUUUUGAAGCACUCUGCAACUUUUGGCGCACCUUCCGCUGGCUGGUUGACACUCGCGCAGAUUUGCGCAACAAAGUGGCUGACACCCUGACUCGAUUUGUCAAGGAGGAGUCGUUCAGACACAAAGACCAUUCUCCCGAUUUGGGAGCUCUCCUGGUGCUGUUCACUGUGAUGCAAGGAUACCCAGCCUGCCCACAGAAAAACGAUUUCAUCAGCACAUACGCAGAUGAGAACUCCUUGCGGUGGGUGAUGUGGUGGCAGCGUUCCGGCACUCCGGCAGAGGGCGGCCCCGUGUUUCAGGCCACGAAGGUGUCCAGGGAGAUACUGAUGUUCCAGAUAGCGAUCGUAGACAUCGUCAUCGGAGACGUGAAGCAGACUCUCAUUGACAUGGAGGAGACAAACUGCAAGCUGCCUGAGCGCUUGGAGCUCUUGCAGUCUGAAUGGCGCAAGCGCAAGGAGUCAGUGGGUGAUUGGGCCGCAUAUUUCCGCUGCAUUGGCACUGGCAGGCCCAACUUUCCCAGCACGGCGGAAUGGAUUUCCAGCUGUGUGCGCCGAGCAGCGGCCAAGGGUCCAAAGUACGGCUCUGGUGGCAAAGGUGACAAGGGCAAGGGCAAAGGGAAGGGUAAGUUUUAG